AUGGAUCAGAUUUUGGGAGAAGGAGUACAUGGGAAAGUUGUUAUGGUCUAUGAUUUAGCAACUAAAGAACAAUCAGCUCUUAAACAGGUAAUGUUACUAGACUUCAGGGAAGAGGAGAUAAGAGCUUGGGUGGCUAUGGAAGAUAAUCCACAUUUUCCAGAGCUGUACGUGCUUGAAGUAGAGGGAGACAAAGUAUUAUUAUUUAUGGAACCCUUACAGCCAAAAAUUACUUUGACUGAAGUCAUAGACCAGUAUUUUUCCCAGCUUCAACAACAAGGUCCAGCAGCCCAGUGGUCAUUUUCCAUCUUUGUGGUCAAAGGUCUACUUGAAGCCAUCCAAGCUCUUCAUGAAAAGGGGUACACACACAAUGAUCUUCACACUGGCAACAUUCUCCUUGAAGACACCAAGUCUGGUAUGGAAGUCAAGGUUGUUGACCUUGGCCUUGCUCAGGUCAUUCCUAAUCCACUGACACCAGGCAGCAGGGCCCAGGUCAUAAAUGACCUGUGGAAUGUCCUGAGAACUUUCAUUGUACUUUGUGCUGGGUAUACAUUUAAAUCCACUCAUGACAUGACAGAACACUGGAGAAAUGCAUUACGUUAUGUUGACGAAUCAUUUCGUGAAGAGUUUGAGGAAAUUGUUCAUUUUUGCAUCAACGCUGCUGUAAACUUUGCUACGGGGCUUCCAGCUGGAGAACUACUUAAUAAAUUGAAUGAGGCUGGAGAUGUAACUGAGGUGUGUUCUUGGGAGGAAGCAAAUGAAGUCUUUGAGAAUGGAGAGAGAACCAGAGAGUACUGGGUAAGGAGAAAUGAUCCUAACCAGUGUGAUUCCAACCCGUGUGUCUCAGAGGGGACCAGCAGAUGUGAAGAUUUAUUCCAAAACUAUAGAUGUCACUGCAGGCAAGGAUACACUGGAAGCAAUUGUCACAUCAAUAUAGAUGACUGUGGGACAAAUUGUCUAAAUGGAGCUAUAUGCACUGACCUGAUCAAUGACUAUCACUGCACCUGUGUCCCAGGAUUCCGAGGCACUAACUGUGAAAUUAACAUUAAUGAGUGCCAGAGCAACCCUUGUCAAAAUGGCGCCACGUGUCAGGACGGAGCAAACCGGUGGAGCUGCCAGUGUGCUCCAGGAUGGACAGGUGUAUCCUGCCAGUUGGACAUCAAUGAAUGUAUGUCGGCACCUUGUCUGAAUGGCGGAACAUGUAACAAUCUGCAGAACAUGUUUACCUGUGAUUGUGUCCAGGGAUUUGCAGGGAAUGGAUGUGAAAUUAAUGUGGAUGAUUGUUACCUUGAUCAUUGCCUGAAUGGUGGUACUUGCAUUGAUUUAGUCGAUGACUUCAGCUGUAUCUGUCCAGCAGGAUUCUCUGGUACGACAUGUGAAGUCAACGUUAAUGAGUGUGAGAGUUCUCCCUGCCUGAACCAAGCUACCUGUAUUGAUGCUGACAAUGGCUUCCUGUGUGAAUGUUUACCUGGUAGGUGA